CAUGGCCAAACUGGUAGGUGUUCUGUGGCAUGGCCGCGUAGCCAGACUCGCGCCGUGCUAGUGCUUACGACUCAUGCCUGCCUUACUGCAACCGAAAUAGAGUAAAAAUCGCUGGAAUAUCAGUGUUGGUAAUCAAAUACAAGGUAGGUGCUUAGAUGUGUAUGAUUAAGUUAGAGGGCGUGGGUUUCUUAUCUCCCACAUCAUCGUAGAUAACACUCAAAGAACACUACAGCAAAGGCUGUGGAUUCUGUCAUGUCCGUUGAUCCGCCUAUGUUAGUCUCCGCUCUGCCGUGUGCUAUGGCCCACGAAAAAUAGCGAUGUCACACGCUUUUAAUUGGAUAAUACUCGAGUAAGCGUGUCAUGUCGAUGUAACCACGGACUGGAACCAUAGGAUUACAAACGUGCGAAUUGCAUCUUAUUUCUUCGAGGUAACAAACACGAUUAUGGACGAUGCUGCCGAGAUGACACCACAAACGACAUCGAGUGCCGGUGGUGGCGGCAACGACUUCCAGAAUUUCGAAGAAACACAUCAGCUCCUUCAUCCUCUGUCUCACCACACGCAGGUAACCCAUCCACCAUCUUCAUCUCCAAGUCAUUCGUCUUCUCGAAAGUCGAGCAAGAAGAAAUCGCAUAGAAAAAGGCGGCAAGGUAGUGUGUCGCAAUCUGUAGCGGACAGCAAGUACAGCACCAACUCUCCUAGCUCGUCAACUGUCAACGAUGAGAUUUUGGUCCCUCUGACUGACAGCAAGAGUUCUGCUGCAAUUGAACUGACCAUCUUGGAAGCACCAUCUAUUGAUUCUUCUGAUAUACCAACUGUUCUCGUUCAACCACCAUCAUCAACACCAUCAAUAAGUGCUUCAAAAGACGAGCAAAUAUUAGAAGCUCUCAGAGAGGUGGUUCGCAAUUGUUCUGUGCAAGACCCUGACAAAAGAACAUCAGCUGCCGAAGUUCAUGCGAUGCUGAGCAAGUUUUUGUGAAGAAGCAAAGCUGCUUACCAGUGGCGGAGCGUUGCGCUUGGAUAGUGUUGACAUAACAUUUGAAACCGCGCCCUCAGGUGCAUUUUCGCCAAUUUAGAUUUGUUUCCUGGAUCAACUGUAUUUGUGCCAUGUGCUGCGUGAUCUCGUCGUUGUAAAUAAACAUUUAGGAGUUUUCGCCGACGAGCUGUGCAAUAAAAUUUGGCACCUAACACG